UCUUUAUCAUCAAAACAGCCUUGAACAUGGAAUUUGUGGAACAAGUUCUGGCAUCAGAUGGACCUAGGUUUGUAUCUGGGCUCUGUUGCUUGUUAGCUGUGUGACUGUGGGCAAGUUGCUGUACAACUCUAAGUCACAGGCCUGCUAGGUCCCAGCCUUGGGAAGGAAGCAGCCACAAACCUUCCUAUGUGGGCCCCACUCUUCCCUGGAUUCCACACAGGAGGCACGAACCCUAAGGACCAUUUAUCUUUGCUUUGCAGGUGUCAUCACUGAAUCUGCUGGAAUCUUCUCACAUCCGCCAUGAACAUCUCUCACUUCCUGGCCUUGCUGUUCCCAGGGUCCUCACAGGGGCAAAACAGGAGCAAGUCAAAAGGCAUCCCAUAUAACUUCUCUGACCACUGCCAGGAUUCCCUAGACCCAAUGGUCUUUGUUGUCACCUCCUACAGCAUCGAGACCAUCGUAGGGGUCCUGGGUAACCUCUGUCUGAUAUGUGUGACCAUUAGGCAUAAGGAGAAGGCCAAUGUGACCAACCUGCUUAUUGCCAACCUGGCCUUCUCUGACUUCCUCAUGUGCCUCAUUUGCCAGCCGCUUACGGCCAUCUACACCAUCAUGGACUACUGGGUCUUUGGUGAGGUCCUUUGCAAGAUAUCAGCCUUUAUCCAGUGUAUGUCGGUGACAGUCUCCAUCCUCUCCCUUGUCCUUGUGGCUCUGGAGAGGCAUCAGCUCAUCAUCAACCCGACAGGCUGGAAACCCAGAGUCUCCCAGGCCUACCUGGGGAUUGGGGUCACCUGGCUCAUUGCCUGCUUCCUCUCCCUGCCUUUCCUGGCCAACAGCGUCCUAGAGAAUGUCUUUCACAAGAACCACUCCAAGGCUCUGGAGUUUCUGGCAGAUAAGGUGGUCUGUACUGAGUCCUGGCCACUGGACCACCACCGCAUCAUCUACACCACGUUCCUGCUGCUCUUCCAGUACUGCAUCCCGCUGGCCUUCAUCCUGGUCUGCUACGUUCGCAUCUACCAGCGUCUGCGGAAGCAGAGGCAGGUAUUCCACAAAGGCACCUACAGUUCACGGGCCUGGCAGAUGAAGCGGAUCAAUGGCAUGCUCGUGGCCAUGGUGGCCGCCUUUGCCGUGCUCUGGCUGCCCCUGCAUGUGUUCAACAGCCUGGAGGACUGGUACCAUGAGGCCAUCCCCAUCUGUCAUGGCAACCUCAUCUUCUUGGUGUGCCACCUGCUUGCCAUGGCCUCCACCUGUGUCAAUCCUUUCAUCUAUGGCUUUCUCAAUACCAACUUCAAGAAGGAGGUCAAAGUUCUGGUGCUGACUUGCCAGCAGAGCGUCCCCUCGGAGGAGUCCGAGCGCUUGCCUCUAUCCACAGUGCACACGGAAGUCUCCAAAGGGUCUCUGAGGCUCAGUGGCAGGUCCAACCCCGUGUAGCCAGGACUAGGGUUUCUCCUUGCCAUGGUCAUGGCCAGGCUCCUUCACUUAGUUAAGUGGGCGCAUUGCAAGCUGGGGGCGGCACUCCAUCAUUACUGGCUUUCUAGGGCCCAGAUAGGCUGGCAGAAGCCUGUUUUUGUAUCCUUUUGCAUUGUGAAGCCUGGCAUCCAGAUGGUUCAGCUAUUGUUCCUGGGAGAAUUCUGAGUCUGGAUUCUGCAGGUCACACACAGAGUGCCUUGUAACUUGAGCGGAUGCCCGAGCCGGAGAUGGUCUGAUCGUAUCAGGCAGAGUUCAUUCUGGUAACUCAGCAACAGAUGCCCAGCCCCGGAACCCAGGGGUUUGACCUCCACCAGUGAGACUGCAAGGUCACUGUGGGGUGAGGGGAAGAGCAUGUGGAGUCAGAGUUCUGGACCUUGGUGCACCCCGAGCCUCUGUGGGAGAUGAUAUUUGUGGAUGGGCUUAGUAAGUGGUGAAGAAUUUUAUGGAGGCAAGACAGUGGGAUUACUGUAUAUUAUUAGUACAUCCAGCUGAGACAGGAUCCUGGUGGCCUUCUCACACUCCCCUGCAGUAGAGAAUCAGCCCUGAGCAGCAGGAAUUCCAGGGUUCACAUCCUAUUGCAUCCUUUUUCUCUUGGGUUGCAUCUGCCACUUUGCAUGGAAAUCAGCCUGCAAGUGUUUCUCCUUGAUAAGGUUGCGAACACCUUGAGCGUGACAUCUGUAUGGUCAUAAAGCUUGGGUCCUCUGUGCCUAGGACAGGCACUGGCACAGGAAGAAGGGCUCCAGAAAGGUUUGCCAUGGUAGAUUGAUAAAGACUGGGAGAGGCACCCAGCGGAGUGCUUGGCUGGGGACAGGCGCCUUGCACCAUGGUCCGACGUGGGCAGGGCUCAGGCUGCUGCAGCCACACUCUCUCGCCUUCCUUUCCUCGCCUCUAGGACCUCUCUUGACAGGCAGCUGGCCAGGGACUCCCCAGUGUCCAUCCACUGCAGAGACUUAGAGUAUUCAAAGCCGUGACUCUAACCUCCUUCAUUCACACUUGGCCCUUGAGCUGAAUUGCCCCAGGUGAUGUAACACGAUUCUUUCAAAGCCUCCCCAGGACUUUGGGCCUCCCAGCGGCUUUCAGUCAUGACAGGACCAGGAAGUUCUUAGAGCCUGGCUUCAUGGGGGACUGGCUGAAAGGAGCAGUGGGUUCCCCUUCCUCCAGCCAGUCCAGGAAAAUGGAGGAAGGGUUAUGAUCAGUGUGAGUAUCUCACCCGUGGAGGUCAAGGUUCAGUCUUCUGGAAGCUGAGCCAGAUCCAAGGCUUCAUCUGUGUGUGGAGCAGACAUCUUGUCCUUGCAGAAAAGGAAGUGUCAAGACCGCUCUUGGGCCACCUUGGAUAGGAUGUCUACAUCUGGCUGGCCUACUUAGACCCACCC